GAACCCGGAUCUUCCGCUGAUUCCAGGCAAUAGUGAAUUGAUUCCACUCCAUAUGGCUGCUUUGUUUGGACACAGAGAUAUGGUUAUUUACCUCUAUAGUCAAACUGAUUUCACAAGCUUGAGUAAUGUGCAACUUGUAGAUAUCUUUCAUGCCAUCAUAUAUGCCAACAUUUUUGAUGUAGCUUUGUGGAUGUUGGAAAGAUACCAAAUACUAGCUACUUCUUGUAACCGUGCUAUGGAAACCGGGUUACAUCUUUUAGCUCGCAAGCCUUUGGCUAUCGGUCACAGAAAAAAUCUCAAUUUCUUUCAGUGGUUAGGGCAUUUAAUGUUUGAAGGGAUGUUUCAUAAAGCUAAAAUGAGAAGCUUGGCUCACAAGUUGGUGGAGGAUAUAUGGAACUUGAUUAUUCAAAAAUCUGAUGAAGAGGUUUCGGAUUUAUUGAGAAAACCUACAAGACUACUCUUUGAUGCUGCAUCAUGUGGAAAUGUCGAGUUCCUAGUCAUUCUUAUUCGUUCGUAUCCAGAUUUGAUAUGGAAAGUCGAUAGAAGAAACCGAAGCUUGUUUCACAUUGCUGCUAUAAAUCGUCAUGAAAGCAUCUUCAACAUCAUAUAUGAACUCGGAGCAAUCAAGGACUUAAUAGCUUCUUAUCGAGAAGAAGCCACAAAUAAUACUCUGUUGCAUCUUGUUGCAAGCUUGCCUCCUCAUGAUCGACUACAUAUUGUAUCAGGGGCUGCACUUCAAAUGCAAAGAGAGAUUCUUUGGUUCAAGGCUGUGAAAAAGAUUGUUCCUCGUUCAUACAUCAAAUCAAAGAAUAAAGAAGGGGAAUUAGCGCAAGACAUCUUUACUAAUGGACACAAAGAAUUACGGAAAGAAGGAGAGAAAUGGAUGAAAGAUACUGCAACAUCAUGUAUGCUUGUAGCAACGCUAAUAGCAACGGUAGUUUUUGCCGCGGCCUUUACCGUACCAGGAGGGAACAAUGAAGAAUCAGGACUUCCUAUCCUCCAAAAAAAGAAAUGGUUUAAUAUAUUUAUCCUAUCGGAUGCGGUCGCGCUAUGCUCCUCCUCAACAUCUAUAGUGAUUUUCUUGUCAAUCUUGACGUCAAGAUAUGCUGAAGAUGAUUUUCUUGUGUCAUUACCCUCAAGGCUAAUGUUGGGACUUUUGGCAUUGUUUGUCUCCAUUAUCGCAAUGGUCAUAGCUUUCUGUGCGACGUUAUUCUUGAUCUAUGACCGGAGACUCGCGUGGAAUUUAGCCUUCAUUAUUUCACUUGCUUCAAUCACAGCUUUUUCGUUUGCCUUGCUACAUGUGCAGCUUUGGUUUGACACACUUCGAUCAGCCUAUUGGUCCAAGUUCCUCUUUCAACACCGUAAACAUCGGCUGCAUUAACCCACACGCACUCCUAAGGUUAGCAAUUUUUUUUUUUUUUUAUUAAAGAUAUUAUUUUCUGUCAUAUCCUCUACGUUUAUUCUCUUUUGAAGGUCUUACUUUUUUUUUUUUUUAUAAUCCACGUAUCCGGACCGAAACCCGACUAGCACCAAGGCUUGAGGCCGGUUCCUGUCGGGCCGUCCAAGCCCAACGCUCAGUGUGUUUUCUGGAGGCCCGAGGGGGCCAGAUGAAAACCUCGAUGGCCAACGGAAAUCGAACUGCGGGCACCAUAUUGGGAUUACCCCGUUAAAUUCUAAAAAAAAAUGAAAAAAACAUGUAUGAUAUUAAAUUUGUAUACGGAAAUUAAGUUUUCUGCAUAUCCAUCUAGAUCCGCCUUUAGGCACACUAAUUCCAAGUUUUAUAGUCAAACAUUAUACUAUCUUCCUCAGAGACAGAGAUAUCAGAUAUGCAUGCAUGUUUAAUUUUCUGAUCAAAGUAUUACUAGAAUUGUCUAUAUCUUUGUUCUUUUAUUUGCCAAUAAUUAUAUUAAAGAAAAAUGUUUUCCUGUGAUUGUAACCGCAAGUGAUGCGAGGAGAACAAAUGGUUUUCUAUGAAGGAAUUUAGGGUACGGUUUUACCGAUGAUCUUAUCAAACGUAUUGAGCCUGAUUGGGACUAUGAGUAAGUUUCCAAAUAAUUGAUGUGUUCCUUAAUUUAUCCACUGCAAUUAUUGUAAAAUAAAAUAUAUUUUUUUUGAUA